AGUUAAUGGCCAUUUUGUGCACGUGUCUUUUCGUCCUUACAUAAGGAGCUUGGUGGUUGGAGUGGAUCGGGAAGGGCAGUUAAAAGUGAGCUUGUCUGAGGAUAGCCCAGCCCCACCUGGGGUUAAUAAACCAAGAUGAGUAAGUCUUCAGAAGGUUAUACUUACACCCAAACGUCGUUAUUAUUUUUCCACGCCAAGGUUCCUUCCUCUUCCAAAACCAAAAUGGCAACUCUAAAGGAUCAGCUGAUUCAGAAUCUUUUAAAGGAAGAACACAUCCCCCAGAAUAAGAUUACAGUUGUUGGGGUUGGUGCUGUUGGCAUGGCCUGUGCCAUCAGUAUCUUAAUGAAGGACUUGGCUGAUGAACUCGCUCUCAUUGAUGUCAUGGAAGACAAACUGAAGGGAGAGAUGAUGGAUCUCCAACACGGCAGCCUUUUCCUUAGAACACCAAAAAUUGUCUCUGGCAAAGACUAUAAUGUAACUGCAAAUUCCAAGCUGGUUAUUAUUACAGCUGGAGCACGUCAGCAAGAGGGAGAAAGCCGUCUUAAUUUGGUCCAGCGUAACGUGAACAUCUUUAAAUUCAUCAUUCCUAAUGUUGUAAAAUACAGUCCAAACUGCAAGUUGCUUGUUGUGUCUAAUCCAGUGGAUAUCCUUACCUAUGUGGCUUGGAAGAUAAGUGGCUUUCCCAAAAACCGUGUCAUUGGAAGUGGUUGCAAUCUGGAUUCAGCACGGUUCCGUUACCUAAUGGGGGAGAGGCUGGGAGUUCACCCAUUAAGCUGUCAUGGGUGGAUCCUUGGGGAGCACGGAGACUCUAGUGUGCCUGUAUGGAGUGGAAUGAAUGUUGCUGGUGUCUCCCUGAAAAAUCUGCACCCUGAAUUAGGUACUGAUGCAGAUAAGGAGCAGUGGAAAGCGGUUCACAAACAGGUGGUUGACAGUGCUUAUGAGGUGAUCAAACUGAAAGGCUAUACCUCUUGGGCCAUUGGACUAUCUGUAGCAGAUUUGGCAGAAAGUAUCAUGAAGAAUCUUAGGCGGGUACAUCCAAUCUCCACCAUGAUUAAGGGUCUCUAUGGAAUUAAAGAUGACGUCUUCCUUAGUGUUCCUUGCGUCUUGGGACAGAAUGGAAUCUCAGACGUUGUGAAAGUGACUCUGACUCCUGAGGAAGAGGCCCAUUUGAAGAAGAGUGCAGAUACACUUUGGGGGAUCCAAAAAGAGCUGCAGUUUUAGUCUUCUGUUGUAACACUUCACUGUUUAGGUUACAAAAGGAUUUUAGUUGGGGGUUGUGUAUGUUGUCCUUUUUAUCUGGUCUGUGUAAAAUUAUGACUUAGAAAAAACAUCAAUUUCCUAAAGUUAGACACAGGAAUUGGUACAUAAAACCCUACAGCUAUAUCCUGAUGGUGGAUAAUAAUACUUACUGGUUAGUGUACAAUAAUAGUUCCACCCCCUCUGAGAUAGCACUGCCAAUGUUGCACAUGCUGCAGCUUCCCUUCAAACCAGAAGAAUGUGUUUACUGUAUGUUGUAUAACUUCUGAUUCCUUCACCCAACAUGGCUCGCCCAAUGUUUUUAUCCCCAAUUAAUCACAUCCUGGGAUCCAAUGUAUAAAUCCAAUAUUGCAUGUUUUGUGCACAGUUGUUCUAAAGGAUCUUAUUUUGUGUACUGUAUUUAUCAGAGUAGUGUACAUUGUCAUGUAAUGUAAAAAGAUCUACAUAUAAACAAUGCUGCAACUGUCAAACCAACUAAAACACCAAAUAAACCAUGAACAGUGA